AUGGCCGGGGGCGCCCUGCGCCUCGCCCUGCUGGCCGCGCUCUGCCUGCGGGGCUGGGGCCAGCCCGACGCCACCUGCCAGCGCGUCCGCGCCGCCUUCCAGCUGCUGCAGCCGGGAGCCAAGGGGGUGCCCGAGAGCCCGGUGACAGGGGCAGAUCUGCAAGUGUGUGUCCCGAAGGGCUCAACCUGCUGCUCGCGGAAAAUGGAGGAGAAGUAUCAAGCAACGGCCCGUUUGACCAUGGAGCAGCUCCUGCAGUCUGCCAGCUUAGAGCUGAAGUUCCUCAUAAUUCAAAACGCCGCCGUCUUCCAAGAAGCCUUCGAAAUUGUAAUACGGCAUGCAAGAAACUACACCAACACCAUGUUUAGGAACCACUACCAGAACAUGGGGUCCAGAGCUCUUAAGUUUGUCGGAGAACUUUUUACAGAUAUCUCUCUUUACAUACUGGGCUCUGACAUCAAUGUGAAUGACAUGGUCAAUGAAUUUUUUGACAGCUUGUUCCCUUUAGUCUACUCACACUUGAUGAACCCAGGCUUCCCUGACCCCUCCGGAGAAAUGAUAGAAUGCCUGCGGGCAGCAAGACGAGACCUCAGGGUGUUUGGUAACUACCCCAAAAUUAUGAUGACCCAGGUGUCAAAGUCAUUGCAGACCACGCGAGCCUUCCUACAAGCACUCAACCUGGGGAUUGAAGUAAUAAAUACUACCGACCACUUAAAAUUCAGCAAGGAAUGUGGACGUGCGCUGCUGAGGAUGUGGUACUGUUCUCAUUGCCAAGGGCUACUGAUGGCGAAGCCUUGUGCCGGAUACUGCAGUGUUGUCAUGCAAGGGUGCCUGGCCAGCGUUGUGGAGAUAGAUAACUAUUGGAGAGAAUAUAUUUGGUCCCUGGAAGGGCUGACCAAAGGCAUGUAUGGAAUCUAUGACAUGGAGCAUGUCCUGCUCAGUCUCUUCUUGUUGAUACGAGACUCGGUCAUGUAUGUUCAGAAGAAUGGAGGGAAGCUGUCUGCAACAAUUAGCAAAUUCUGUGGCCAUUCUCAACAGAGACAGUAUAGAUCAGCUUAUGACCCUGAAGACCUUUUCAUUGACAAGAAAGUACGGAAGGUGGCUUACACAGGACACGAGGAAACCCUGUCCAGCCGGAGAAGGGAGCUCAUUAUGAAACUAAAAUCUCACAGCAGUUUUUAUAGCAGCUUGCCGGAGUACAUCUGCAGCCAUGGUUCUGCUGUUCAGAAUGACACCCUUUGCUGGAAUGGACAAGAAAUUGUGGAGAGGUACAGUCACCAGGCAGCGAGGAACGGGGGGAAAGCUCAAGCUGGCACCCACGAGAUGAAAACUAAGGGUCCCGAGCCAAUGAUCAGCCAGCUCAUCGACAAACUGAAACACAUCAACCAGCUGUUGAAAGGAAUGUCAAUAUCCCGGCGAAAAGCUCCAGACAAAACCACAGAUGAGGAUGGGUCAGAAAGCGGAGACUGCGAUGAUGAAGAUGACUGCAGCGGCGGCUCCGGAAAUGGGGAACUAAGGGUUAAGAAUCAGCUCCGGUUCUUAGCAGAGCUGGCUUAUGAUUUGGAUAUGGAUGAUGUUCCCUCAAACAAACAACUUUUGAAUCAGCAAAGCAAAGGUGAUACCGCGGUUCACAACAUGGGAUCAGGAAAUACCACAUGGAAGCAUGUUCCCGUCACUGCUAUUUUCAUGGCAGUCUUCCUUCUGUGGGCCCAUUGACACUGUGCAGUAGCCACACCAGAUUUCCCUGGGGAUCAAUUUCUCUCCUUAUUUCUUUCUGAAGAAAACAUUCUGAACCGCGCUCCUCCUGCAAUAUAGGCACACUUCCAAAGAUUAAGUGAAUGACUUACAUUUGUUUUGUAAAAUAAAAUGGUACCUGUACCACCA